CACUCUUACCAUGGAUUUAGCACAAUUUGAAAAGGAAAUUGCUACAAAAACAUUCCUUAAAGGACAAUUAUACAGCAGCGACGAUUUAGAAAUGUAUAAAAACUUACACUCUGCUAUCGCACCAUUGCAAGCAGCACAAUUACAUGCAUUCCCAAACACCGUUAGAUACUUCUCACUCAUCCAGAAACUCGAACCUGCUCGCAAAUUAGGACUUGAACAGUUGACAUUCGAUUACUCAACAUUCCCUAAACCAGUUCGUGUUGCAGAUGCACCAAAGGAAAAGAAACCUAAGAAGGAUGCUGCACCAGUCAAUAAGGAAGCACCUGCAGGUACUUCAAAAGCUGGUGCUGAGGGUGCAGCAGCCAAAAAAGAAGGUAAAAAGGAUAAACCAAAGAAGGAGAAAGCCCCACCUGCUCCACCGGCACCUGUUCUCCCACCAAGUCCAUCUAUGAUCGAUUUGCGUGUUGGUAAGAUUGUUAAGGUUGAAAAACAUCCAGACGCUGACAGUUUAUACGUCGAGCAAAUUGAUUUGGGUACUGAAACUAGAACUGUUGUCUCAGGUUUGGUCAAGUAUGUCCCAAUUGAAGAAAUGCAAGAUAAGAUGGUCGUCGCUAUUUGCAACCUCAAACCAGCUUCCAUGAGAGGUAUCAAAUCUUUUGCUAUGGUUCUCUGCGCCACUUCCUCAGACGGCAAAGAUGGUGGUGUCGAAUUUGUCAACCCACCGGAGGGUAGUGCACCAGGUGACAGAAUUUUCUUUGAAGGUUACGAAGACACCAAACCAGAGGAACAACUCAACCCUAAGAAGAAGGUAUUCGAAACUAUCCAACCUGGUUUCAGAACUUUGGAUACACUUGAAGCUUGCUGGAUCAACCCAGAGACGAGCAAACCACACCUUAUCAAAACUUCAAAGGGUAUUUGUAAGGCUGGUAAAUUUGCAAACGCUACUCUUUCUUAAAAACUUUACAUAUAAAUAUAUAUCUUUAGAUUGCAU